AUGGGCGAAAGAUCAGGCUCUAAUACUUCGAUGGUAGUUGAUAGGUUCAAUCAGUAUCAACCAUUUUCCAGCGUAAUGAACUACCAACAUUUCGUUGAUGGACAAAUGGGCGAAAAUUCUGACUCUAAUACUUUGAUAGCAGCGGUUGUUCAAAUCAAUAACUCAACGAAUGAAGAAAAUGUCGUUUCUAGACAAAUGGGCGAAAAUUUUGACUUUAAUUCUUCAAUGGCGGAAGUUGGUCAAUUUAAUUUGUAUCAAACGUUUCCUAACGUAAUGAAUAACGAAAAUGAUGUAUAUGAUCAAAUGAGCGAAA